AUGCCUCCCUCUGUAGGGAAGUCCACAGCAAAGGCCAAGCGGGUCCCAGGACGGCGGACUCGUUCGUUUGGAGGAUGCGUUACCACUGACCCUUCCCAGUGUCGCAGUCGUCGUGUGAAAUGCGAUGAAGGCCGUCCCGGAUGUUCUAUGUGUAACAUCUCAGGCCUCGAUUGCGGCGGUUAUAGUAAAGACAUCUUCUUCGACUUUGAUGACCCCUCGUCAACGGGAAUCGCUCGCUUUCGGAGACCAUUAUUAACGGACCAAGAACGAGAGCGAUUGAGCGAGCAGAUCGCGCAAGACGUUCCACCAGAACUGGCGGGUUGGCAUCUUUCUCAAAUUGACGAAGAAUGCGAAAAGGCGUCUUCAGACGUUCAAAUCUCCAGAGGACCUUUUGGAGCUUUUCGCAUCACUGAACAGUUGCCCCCAGACCCCUUGAGCACUCUGGACGAGAUAGACGAGAACGAGGUAGAUGAACCACAGAUUCACGCUGUUGAAAACGAUCAACUACUACUUCCUGACUUCGACGACGACGUGGAAAUCGUGACUUCAACACUCGACUUUGCGACUGGAACGACUCCUCGAGAUACUCAGCAUCAAAUAUUGGGGGGACAUGGCGCACUUAUCCCUCGUACAGACUGGUUGAAGACACUGGAAAGCUUCCCUGUGAGUAGCUGGCUGGAUCCAGGACAUUUUGAUCUCCCUGACUGGUGGGAUCCUAUGGCCAUGGGCAUUGAAACCUCCGUGCCUUGGAUGGGCGAAACAGCCUCUGCGCAGAAGCCUCCAUCACCAUUUGCACGGUCUUCUACUAUUGAGUUUGGAUCCCCAAGGCUUUACCUAUCACACCUGUCGCCUAGCUCGGGCUCAGUAUCUUCUCAAGUUGAGACGGACGUGCCACGCGAUGCUGUAUUAUUAGUUAAGCAUUACGCGACAAUCGUGCUUCGAGGCUUGACUCCUUACCGUCACAGCAAAACGCCUUGGCAUGUUCUCUUCCUCCCGCAUGUCAAGAGCUGUUUGGCGGCACUGACCCUCGGUGAGAAAAUGGACCAUGCGAGUCUCUGUGCUUUUUAUGGGACAUUAGCGAUCAGUGCCUUCAGCCUGGGUGGUAUUCACGGCUCCACCAAAUGGCUAGACCAAGGCAAGACAUAUUAUCAACAAGCACAUUUUCACGUCUGUCUUAUGCUCAAGACAGCAUACGACAUUCCUAAGACGGCUAAGUAUAAAUCUAUACUCAUGGCUCUCUUGACCAUGGUUCAGAUUGCCAUACUUUCUGGUAAUCGAGAUGAAGCAGAAUACUUCUUCCUGGAAACGGAGAAGUUCAUCCGAACAAAAGGCCUGAACCGGCGAAAGUCUCGCAAAGUCAGGUUACUGCAUCAUUGUUAUGUAUUUGAGCGUCUAUCACACGAGAGCACUUUUACACAAAGCACACUGAACUUGGAUCAUCGGAAUCGCGUUCGCGAAGCCAUAGAAGCAAGCGGUGCCAGUGCAUAUAGCCAAGAUAGUCUGUCGUUCCGUCUCACCACCUGGAAUAACCUGGACCAGGAGAUGCACAAGGUCAAAGGCCAAGAAGAGGGUGAAAAUGACCUUCACCUUCAGCAUCCAGGAAUAUGGUCUGCUACGCUUUAUCCUGAGAUCUUUGGCGUGCCAGAGCUCCACCUCUUUAUGCUUUCGCUGGUCAUCCGUCUCGCACGAGAGAAGGAGCAGAACCAAGAUGAACUUAUUAACUCUGGUUUGACAUUGAAAGAGUUCAUGGCUCGAGCAAAAGCGGUUGAGCGGUGGAUAAAGCAAUUGCAUGUCCUUCGACAGUCAAUAUGGAUGGUCGAAGCGCCUGUUGAUCCAGAACAUCAGCAAUCUGUCAAUCUUCUCAACAGUUUGGCUGAUACAAUGCAACACGCGCUGUCUGUGUACUUUUAUCGUAGAAUCUAUGAUUUGGAUCCAAGUAUGCUUCAGAAGCAUGUUCUUGGUGUGCGCGAUCGGCUGCUUGAGUUUGACGCAUCGGAUGCUGGAAUGGGGUAUGGAUCUUUGAGACUGAUUUGGCCUGCUUUUGUUGCAGCUUGUGAGACUGAUGAUAAUGAUAUACGGGCGUCUUUUGUACAAUGGUUUGAGUGUGCCGCAAAGCGAAGUGGGUUACGGAUAUUUACAGAAACGAAAGAACUGGUAGGUCCUCCUUUCCUCAUCGCUGUAACCGGCGCUGCCUCUGGCAUGGGUCUAGCCACCGCAAAGCUUCUUGCUGAGAGAGGAUCUACUAUUUCCCUCGCUGAUAUUAACGAAGAAGCACUGAAAAAGGCCAAAGACUCGUUGCCGGGUGACAAGCAUAUCUACCAAGUGGUAGACGUCAGCAAAAGUGACUCAGUGGAUGCCUGGGUCAAGAAGACAGUCGAAACUUUAGGCAAGCUCCAUGGUGCUGUGAACAUGGCCGGUAUCAUUGCUGAGCCAGUACCUCUCACAGAAUACAGUGAUGAGGUCUGGGAUAAGAUGUUUGCAGUCAAUACCCGCGGAGUGUUCAACUGCCUACGUGCAGAGCUCAGAGCCAUGUCCGCCGGGGCUAGCAUUGUCUCGGCCGCCAGCGUGUUUGGUCAAUUCGGGGCUCCGGGACAUGUUGCAUACUGCGCAAGCAAGGCAGCUGUCAUCGGUCUUUCGCGGACAGCUGCGAAGGAGAAUGCUCACAUACGAGUCAACUGUGUCUCACCAGGAUCUGUGAGUACUGCUAUGAACGAGCAUGAUGACGCAGAACACAUCAAGCGCAGUCUUUCGGGGACUGUACAAAAGAGAAGAGCUGAUCCAGUCGAGGUUGCUCGAGUUAUCGCGUUUCUACUCAGCGAUGAAGCAUCAUUUGUGACUGGGGCCGUAUAUAAUGUUGAUGGUGGAUGGGUAUGCUAG